UCGACGUAGACACUCGCGUCUCAUCUCCACUCCUACCUUUCAAUGCUGACUCUCUUGUAGGCUCCGUAUACCUGCAUCAUUCAAGCCAUCCCAGGCAGAGCGAUCAGUGAUUCUAGGACCAUCCACGACACACGUCGUCCAACUAAUUCACAGUCCUUCCAUUGCGUUAUCACCAACCCUGUCUAUUUUUCCGUGUCUACAUUCAAGCAACCAGUGUGCAUACACCCACCAUUCACUCAUUAAUACAUCCCCAUCCGUCAAUCCUGGAGAAUUGAUCAACUUCAAGCACCCACUUCACAUACUCAAGCAUGGCAUCCACAACAGCACAAGCCAACUACGGCUACUGCGACACCUUCUUCGUCGAGAGCUACGAGGACACGGACGGCAUGUUUGCCAGAGCGGCCGCUGAGCGGGAAAGAACGCGUGCCCUCGCCAAGGCACAACAAAGGCACAUUGCUGCCGACCUGUCACGUCAGACCAGUGACGCGUACCUGAACGAUGUGCUCGACCACAUGGAGGUCAUGGAGGGCGAGACGAUGCCGGACAUCAACUCCAUUGAGAUCCAGACCGAGAUUCAAUGGUUCAUGCGUCCCUACCUCCUCGACUUCCUCCUUGAAGCACACCACGCCUUCCAACUGCUCCCGGAAACCCUCUUCCUUGCCGUCAACCUUCUCGACAGAUACUGCUCGAAGCGUGUCGUGUACAAGCGUCACUACCAGCUCGUCGGUUGCGCCGCCUUGCUCAUUGCCGCCAAGUACGGUGAUCGCAAGGAGCGUGUGCCGACCAUCAAGGAACUGAAGUCCAUGUGCUGCUCUCUCUACGACGACGACAUGUUCACUCAAAUGGAAUGGCACGUGCUGCAGACUUUGAACUGGAUCAUCGGUCAUCCCACUGUGACUGGUUUCCUCGACGUUGCUCUGUCCCAGACAGGCGUCGACGCUGAAGUGCAGAGCAUGGCUACAUACAUUUCUGAGAUGGCUCUCUACCACAAGGACUUUAUCCCCGUGCUGCCCUCGGUCAUGGCUAGGUCGUCGCUCGCUCUUGCCCGUUACGUCCUUGGCCGUCCUCAGGUGCACCACCCCGAGUGGGCUGCCAGAUACGACUCGAACGUUGUUAUGGAUCUGUCAAACCAGCUCUCUCGUCCUUCGCAGGCCCUGUUCCGCAAGUACUCGUCCGCUCACCUAUCAAAUGUCGCCACGACUUUGGAGCAAUUCUUGCAGCGUCAAAACCUCAUGCAGCAACAACAGCAGCAGCAGACCGCAUCUCAGCAACCAUACCCUUCGCCCGCACAAUCCGCUCUGGAUGUUCAGCAAGUUGCCGGUCCCAUAAUGACGCCUCAAACUCCCCAGAAGCCCGUCUACAACGCAGUUCCCAUCGGUGUCCUAACGCCUCCCGAGACCCCAGAGAAGGACUUCUACGACAACUCGAACUACAACGCAAACCAGAACUUGAUGCACCGCCUCCAUGCUUGCUCCAACGUGCCUUCUGCCUCAGCUCUUCAGUCAUACCAGUACAGCUCAUACCCGACAUCAUACCCUUCACAAUAAGCUCACACUGCCUCGUGCACAACCAUGAAGCUCUGUGCUUCUCUGCUGUAACAACAUGUAUCAGCCAGCCUCGUUGCAUCCGUCACUUUGUCUUUCUUUGCAUUGCAAGCGUUCCGCAUCCAUUCGUAUUCCUUUUGCUCUCAGCGUUCCUUUUCUCAUUGUCCAUCCUCAUUCGAUGGUCAGCAUCUGCACAUUACUACCCUCGAACAUAACUUAUGACGGCCGCAAAAUUUCAAUCAUGCAGAGCCAAGUUUGCUACUACAAAACAUUAUCCCCAGAGAAAGAAGAAAAAAGUACCAUCA